GCUGAUUUCCUGACGAACAAUGCUCGUGGGAGCAGACGAUAAUCGAUUGCGAGUGCGCGCGUCGUAUUUUUCUCUCACGGUCACGUGACCCCACCGUAAAACCUGCCCCGUGAAAUCGGCGCGUCUGGUAUUUCGGGGUGUAGGCGUGGGCUAAAGUCGCCGAGUUGUCACAGCUAUAAAGUCAUUCAUGAUUCGCACAACCGGCCUUUAAGUUUGGAAAACUGACAUUUUUACGACGGAAGUUUUGUGGAUAUCUGAAAAAAGAAAAGAAAAAGAUUUGAAGAACUACAAAAUGAAGUACCACCAUAUAGCCAUCUUCGCUGUGUUUCUCUCCUGUAUUUACGUCACUGCACUUCCGGUAUCAGCCGAAACGGAUUUCCGGCAUCUGAUGGAGGUUUUGGGCAAACUGAGGAACAUCGUCAGAAAGAGGCAAAACUCCGAGCCUAGCAGUUGGUCCCGCUACAAAAGCAUUGCCGCCAAUGGGCGUCUACCUCUACCAAAACUAGCAGACAUCCAAUCUAACGUGUUGAAAGAGUCACAGGAAGAUGACGCCACGGACAUGCGCAAAAGGCAGGGCGCCUGGAGUUAUGAUUACGGACUGGGAGGCGGUCGGUUUGGCAAAAGGAAUUACGGAGACUAUGGAAUCGGAGGUGGUCGUUUCGGGCGGGACGUGGAUCACGUGGACCUCACGGACUAAUCCGCGUCUGUGACGUCAUCGCAUGACGUGUUUACCAUUUAUGAAAAUGUAGAGAUAAUAAUAAUAACAAAUAAUAAUAAUAAUCAUAACGAAACUUUAGAUUCCAGUUCAAUUUGAUCGAAUUUAUCUCAUUAAAACUUCUUUACUUCAUAUUUUAUUGAGUUUUUAUGUAUAGAUUUUUUUUAAUUAUCUUUAAUUUUUUAAAACAAAUAAUAACUUUCAAUUUGUCAUUAACAAUUUAAGGAGCAAGAAGAAAAGAAAAAGAGGAAAAACUAUAGGAUAUCAGUAUUUCAAUCUUCCCUAUCACUGCCAUUUUAAUUACUUCUUGAUCAUACCUAGUCAAAAAGGUUCCGGGAGGGACGUGGGGAUGGGGGAACGUUCGACUUAGAAGACGACCAUUGAGUUUCAUUGUCAAACAUGAUCAGCUAAUCGUGGAAGGGAAUAUCCGAUAAUCGGGUUUCUUGGAUAAUCGUGUAUCUUGGAUAAUCGUGUAUCUUGGAUAACCGUGGAAGGGAAUAUCCGAUAAUCGGGUUUAUUGAAUAAUCGUGUAUCUCGGAUAAUCGGGUAUCUUGGAUAAUCGGGUUUAUUGGAUAACCGUGUAUCUUGGAUAAUCGUGUAUCUUAGAUAAUCGGGUAUCUUGGAUAACAGUGGAAGGGAAUAUCCGAUAAUCGGGUUUAUUGGAUAAUCGUGUAUCUCGGAUAAUCGUGUAUCUCGGAUAAUCGUGUAUCUUGGAUAAUCGGGUUUAUUGGAUAAUCGUGUAUCUCGGAUAAUCGUGUAUCUCGGAUAAUCGGGUAUCUUGGAUAAUCGGGUAUCUUGGAUAACCGUGGAAGGGAAUAUCCGAUAAUCGGGUUUAUUGGAUAAUCGUGUAUCUCGGAUAAUCGUGUAUUUCGGAUAAUCGUGUAUCUUGGAUAAUCGGGUUUAUUGGAUAAUCGUGUAUCUCGGAUAAUCGUGUAUCUUGGAUAAUCGGGUUUAUUGGAUAAUCGGGUAUCUUGGAUAAUCGGGUAUCUUGGAUAACCGUGUAAGGAAAUAACGAUAAUCAAGUGUCUUGGAUUUCCCUUCCGUAGGACAAAACCUAUUUUGAUUUAGUAAACUAGUCUGGGAGUGGCUUUCCUCUUUGUGGCGGUGCAAGAAAGAUGAAAUCUCUCGUAAAGGAUCUCCUCGGGAGUGGUUGUCCUGUAGACGAGGCACUAGAUAGAGAU